GCAUGUAAGGAAUUCACUUCAGUGGCAUAGCGAAGUUGUUGGCGUAAACGUGAGCGGAUGCUACUUACAGAAAUGAUUAAAAAUUAAAAUUCUUGACUAUACACAUACGCGCAACAACUUUCAUCAAACAUGCCUGUACUCAACGGAAUAAAUGUGGUGUAUCUACUUUUUUGUUGCAUACAUUUAGGAGUUAUAGCGCAAAAGCACAGUCAACACUCGGAUAAUCCCUCAACUUACAAUAUUGGCGGAGUGUUGGCGGAUCCAGAAAGCGAGUCACACUUCCGCACAAUAAUAUCGAAUCUGAAUUUCGACCAGCAAUAUGUGCCACGCAAGGUCACUUACUACGACAAGACAAUACGAAUGGAUAAGAAUCCAAUAAAAACAGUAUUUAAUGUUUGCGAUAAGCUGAUCGAGAAGCGUGUAUACGCUGUCGUUGUGUCGCACGAGCAAACCUCUGGUGACUUAUCGCCAGCAGCCGUCAGUUAUACGAGUGGAUUCUAUCAGAUUCCCGUUAUUGGCAUAUCCUCGCGUGAUGCUGCUUUUUCCGAUAAAAAUAUACACGUUUCCUUCUUGCGUACGGUGCCGCCGUAUUACCACCAAGCGGAUGUCUGGCUGGAAAUCAUGUUCCACUUCGGCUACACCAAGGUAAUCAUAAUACACAGUUCGGAUACGGAUGGGCGUGCGAUACUCGGUCGCUUCCAGACCACCUCACAGACGAAUUACGACGAUAUCGAUGUGCGUGCCACCGUUGAAAUGAUUGUGGAAUUCGAGCCGAAAUUGGACAGCUUUACAGAGCAUUUGAUUGACAUGAAAACCGCACAGUCGCGAGUAUAUCUCUUGUAUGCGAGCACUGAGGAUGCACAGGUUAUAUUCCGAGACGCUGCAAUCAACAACAUGACCGAAGCCGGACACGCUUGGAUUGUCACCGAACAGGCGUUGCAUGCCAACAAUACGCCGGUUGGCGUCCUGGGCUUGGUGUUGGAGCACGCCAACAGCGACAAAGAACACAUAAGGGAUAGCGUAUACGUGCUCGCGUCAGCAAUUAAGGAGAUGAUGUCCAAUGAAACAAUUACAGAGGCGCCAAAGGAUUGCGGUGAUUCAGGCGUUAAUUGGGAGUCCGGUAAGCGACUUUUUCAGUACCUGAAGACGCGUAACAUAACAGGCAAAACGGGCCAGGUGGCGUUUGAUGACAAUGGUGAUCGCAUUUACGCCGGCUAUGAUGUGAUUAACAUACAUGAAAAGCAGAAGAAGCAUGUCGUCGGCAAGUUCUAUUAUGAUCCUGAAAAGGCAAAAAUGCGGUUACGCAUUAAUGAUAGCGAGAUUCUAUGGCCUGGCAAGCAAAAGAAGAAACCGGAGGGCAUCAUGAUACCCACACACCUAAAAAUCUUAACCAUCGAAGAAAAACCAUUCGUCUAUACGCGUCGUUUGACAGACGAUGAAGUCAACUGUGAUGAGGACGAAAUACCCUGUCCAUUAUUCAAUGCCACCGAUGGCAGCGAGAACGAGAACUGCUGUCGCGGCUAUUGCAUCGAUCUUUUAAACGCACUUUCGCAUCGCAUUAAUUUCACCUUCGCUCUGGCACUGUCACCGGACGGACAAUUCGGUCAUUUCACUUUAAAGAAUGUGAGUUCGUCGAGUUCGGGCGCGAUAACGUCGCGUAAAGAAUGGAGCGGUCUAAUUGGGGAAUUGGUGAAUGAACGUGCCGACAUGGCGAUGCCACUCACCAUUAAUCCAGAGCGUGCCGAAUUUAUUGAGUUCUCGAAACCGUUCAAAUACCAAGGCAUCACAAUACUAGAAAAGAAACCAUCACGUUCAAGUACUUUGGUGUCGUUCCUGCAACCAUUUAGCAACACGUUAUGGAUAUUGGUAAUGGUAUCUGUACAUGUAGUCGCGCUGGUCCUAUAUCUACUAGAUAGAUUCUCACCGUUCGGACGUUUCAAACUAUCACACACGGAUAGCAAUGAAGAAAAGGCAUUGAACCUGAGCUCGGCCGUUUGGUUCGCCUGGGGUGUGCUCUUAAAUAGUGGCAUCGGUGAGGGAACGCCACGCAGUUUUUCGGCACGUGUGCUCGGCAUGUUCUGGGCGGGUUUUGCAAUGAUCAUUGUCGCCUCGUACACUGCCAACCUGGCUGCUUUUCUCGUGUUGGAGCGACCGAAAACUAAACUUAGUGGUAUUAACGAUGCGCGUCUACGGAAUACAAUGGAGAAUUUGACUUGUGCGACGGUGAAAGGCUCGUCGGUAGAUAUGUAUUUCCGACGCCAAGUGGAGUUGUCUAAUAUGUACCGAACAAUGGAGGCAAACAACUAUGACACGGCAGAGCAGGCAAUACAGGAUGUGAAGAAAGGAAAACUAAUGGCCUUUAUUUGGGACUCUUCGCGGCUUGAAUACGAGGCGUCUAAAGAUUGUGAGCUGGUUACCGCAGGUGAAUUAUUCGGACGUAGCGGUUAUGGCAUCGGUUUGCAGAAAGGUUCGCCAUGGACCGAUGCGGUUACGCUUGCGAUUUUAGAGUUUCACGAGAGUGGUUUCAUGGAAGCGCUCGAUAAACACUGGAUUUUCCAUGGGAAUGCACAACAAUGCGAACUCUUCGAGAAAACGCCCAACACGCUCGGACUCCAAAACAUGGCUGGCGUUUUCAUUUUGGUUGCGGCCGGUGUUGCCGGCGGUGUCGGCCUUAUUAUAGUCGAAGUGAUCUAUAAGAAACAUCAAGUGAAAAAACAAAAGCGCUUGGAUAUAGCACGGCAUGCAGCAGACAAGUGGCGUGGCACUAUAGAGAAACGCAAGACCUUACGUGCUUCGCUCGCCAUGCAGCGACAAUACAACGUGGGUCUGAACGCUACUCCGGGUACCAUUAGCUUCGCUGUGGAUAAACGUCGUUAUCCCCGCAUGGGUCCACGCGCACCCGAGCAGGCCUGGAAGAGCGAUGCUGACAUUUUACGAAAUCGCCGGUAUCUGGAUGAUGCUACCAAAGGUGGCCACUCACCUGCCGUGCACAUGCCGAUUUUGGGCAAAAUGCGUCCACCAACUAAUAUGUUACCGCCACGUUACUCGCCAGCCUACACUAGUAACGUCUCUCACCUGGUGGUCUAAAGAAAACAAAAAUAAAAACAAUUCAAAAACUUACUGCUCAAAAUCUAUAUGUUUUGCUAGUUUUAAGAACUACAUAUGUACGGUCAAAUUUAAAACUCAAAAAGCUUUUGUAAUUUGCGUUAACAUAAUGUGCCAAAUAGUAAAGUUCAUCAUCAUUAUAAACUUCAGAUAUACAAUCAGAUUCAAAGAAUGUAUUCUGGGAAGGAAAGCAUUGAUAUUAAGCAUGUUGUUGGCAACCCAGAUUUUCAAAAUAGAAUCAUGAUUAGGAUUAAAUUGGAUUUUGUAUACCUAGCGGUCCACUGGGACCAAUGUUUGAAGUAAAGGUAAACUUAGAUCUCAUUUAUCAAAACACAUUCCACAAAUUAGAAAGCAACCAGAGUUGCCAGCAACUAGAAUAAAUAAUUUCAAACAUAACAUAGUGAAAAUUUACUUAAGCUCCAAUGAUAAAAGCAAAUAUGUAUUUUAAUUAAACAUAAUUAGAUAUAUUUGCUUAAGACCCGAAAAAAAAGAAACUUUUGAAAUUGAAUAAAUAUGCUUUGAGUGUUAAACAA